UCAUAAACGCUAUCCACCAUAUCUAAAUAUCAAUAAACCUUGUCGGCUUUGGACAUUGGCCAGCAAUUAAAAGGAGCGAACCCAGUCCACUUUGACCUAGAUUGUAGAAAGUUGGACUUUUCCAAAGGGUCACCCGCUUAACAGGCGGGAGCAGCCGGCGGAGGAAGCAGUGCUGCCUUUCAGCGGCGUCGAGACAAAAGACUCGCAAGCAUGUCUCGCCUCGUCGGUCGCAUGGCCGUCGUUUGCAAGCGCUCGCGAGCCGCACCAUCGCUGUCGACGCGGAGCGUGCCGACUUUGCGCCCGGUGCACACAAGUCCAGGCCCGAAAUCUCUCACCCGCUAUAAUGCCACUACGGAUUGGCAAAAGAAACUCUCUCCUGAGCAAUAUGUGGUCACGAGAGAAAGGGGAACUGAGGUGCCCUUUAGCGGGAUAUACCUGAACCACUAUGAAAAGGGGAUGUACCACUGCGUCUGCUGUGAUUCUCCACUCUUCAGCUCGGAAGCCAAGUAUGACUCGGGGACGGGCUGGCCGGCUUUCAAGGAGGCUCACGGCACAUGGGAGCGAGAUGAGAGUCACGCCUCGAUCAUCCGGCGCUCCGACAACAGCCUGGGGAGCGCCAGCGUCGAGGUCAUUUGUAAAAACUGCGAUGCCCACUUGGGCCACAUCUUUGAGGACGGGCCAGACCCGACGGGUCAGCGCUUCUGUAUUAACAGCGCGGCCCUCAACUUUAAACCUCGAGACGACGACCCGCCAGGCAAGAUGGAAGAAAACUGAUACGCCACUUACGGCAAAGUUGCUUUUCGCGUGUCAUUUCCCAGACAACUGACGAGAGAUUUUUGGGG